UGUCGCUCAUUUUGUGUCUUUCACUAGCGGGCUUCGCAUUGUUGGAGCGCAUGGGCGCGAAUUCAAAAUGUAAUAAAACGACAACAUAGCGUUGCGUGCUUUGAUUGAAUACCUUUUCGGAAAAUUGUUCCAUGGCUUUAGGUAUGUGAUAUAUGCGUAUGAGUGCCUAAAUAAACUGAAAGGUGUGUGCAACAAUGCUUGCCAUUUGUAUUAUCUGAAAACACUUGUCAAUUGACGCGCAACGUGAUCGGAUGCAAUUCGAGAUUAUAAAAAGUUUUGCGGAAAGUUCGUCGGUUUUUUAUUGUUUUGAAGCGGCUUUCAAGGAUACUGACAGUUUUCGAAACACACUUUUAUGUAGUUAUUUAAAAAUUAAUAUUUAUAGUUAUAAAAGAAAUUGUGUAAAUAAAUCAACUUUCUCAGCAAAGAUACAUGGAGUGCAAUAUUUUUAUAAUUGAAGACAGUGAAAAUUUAACUAAAAAUUUUCGAUAUUAGUGCAAUAAAAAUACUUCCAGACACAACUUAUAAUUUAUUAAAGGAUAACCAAAUCAAACACGGUGCGCGAGAAAAUAAUUUUGAAUGCAAAUAAGAAUAAGUUGUGGGAAAGAAAUAUAAAUUCCUCAUAAACUUGACCAAUCCACCGAAUUUUGCUAAAAGUAAGGCUCAGCAUAGAAUACGCAAAAAUUUGCAAAAAUGACGACCAUCUCCACAAUUCUCCAGCAACAACAACAGCAGCAGCAACAUCAUCAGCAGUCAUCGCACUACCGGUCGCAUUUGCACAAUGGCGGUGUUCACAGUAGUCGCAGUAGCAGUGAAGUUAGUAGUGGUGGUGAGUCGCCACCGCAAUUAACUGGAUCGGACGCGCUCAACAUGACGAUGGCGGCAACAACCGCGGCAGUAACAUCGCCACUCAAGCAUCAUCAUCUCCAGCACCAACAACAAUCAAGUAUACCAGUCAACUCCACAUUAUCAUCUGUCAACACAAUAGCUUAUAACACGCAGCAACAACACUCCACUAUACAACGUCAUCAUCAACAACAUCACAAUCACCACCAGCAACAGAACGACCACAUUAAGCGGCCAAUGAACGCAUUCAUGGUUUGGUCACGCGGACAGCGACGCAAAAUGGCACAGGAUAAUCCAAAAAUGCACAAUUCAGAAAUUUCGAAACGUUUGGGCGCCGAAUGGAAAUUACUCACCGAGGGGCAAAAGCGACCAUUCAUCGACGAAGCGAAACGUUUGCGGUGAGUGUCUAGUGAUGUUUGCAUAUAUA